AUUUGAUUAGGUAUAAUGAACGGAACGAGUAGCACUAUCGUACCCAAUACGGUGCAUAACACUUCGCAAAGCAGUGUAACACCAGAUGCGGCAGCCAUGAAGGUCGAAAAUGUUAGCAAAGCUGCCACAUCAAGAGAUAAUACACGUGACAGUUCAGAAGAUCUACUCGAUCUCAAGGGGAAAGUAGAGUCACGUUUAAUGUCCAUGUGGAACAAUGUAAAAUUCGGCUGGACGGUGAAGCUAAAAACUAGCUUUUCCAAAGAGUCUCCUGUAUGGCUUUUAGGCCGUUGCUAUCAUCGAAAAUUAAGUCCAAGCGGAUCAUUAGAAUCUUCUACUGAGAUUGGUAUGGAGGCUGGUGCUCACGAUCCUAUGGAACAAAUAUAUGGUGAGGGAAUAGAAGGUUUUAAGUCUGAUUUCAUUAGUAAAGUUUGGAUGACGUAUAGACGAGAGUUCCCAACGAUGUCUGGAUCCACAUUUACGACAGAUUGUGGGUGGGGAUGUAUGCUUCGCAGUGGACAAAUGAUGCUUGCACAAGCUUUGGUGUGUCACUUUCUUGGCCGAUCAUGGAGAUGGUCACCAGAUAAAGCCAUACAGAAUGCAAGAGAGUUUCAGGAAGACUGUCUACAUCGAAUGAUUAUAAAGUGGUUUGGUGAUAAAUCAUCUGUGAAUAGCCCUCUCUCAAUUCAUCAAAUGGUAGCUUUAGGAGAGUCACUUGGGAAGAAACCUGGCGAUUGGUAUGGUCCUGCUUCAGUAGCUCAUUGCCUAAGAGCAAUCAUGAUUGCUGCAUCAAAAGAAAAUUAUGAAUUUGAUAAAUUAGAAGUUUAUGUUGCUCAAGAUUCGACUAUAUACAUUCAAGAUGUGUAUUCACAAUGUAGAUUAGCAAAUGGUUCCUGGAAAUCUCUCAUUUUAUUGGUACCUGUAAAACUAGGAACUGAUAAGUUAAACCCUAUUUAUGGUCCUUGUCUCACUUCUUUGUUAACUUUAGACUUUUGCAUAGGAAUUAUUGGUGGUAGACCUAAGCAUUCUUUAUAUUUUGUUGGAUAUCAAGAUGACAGACUUAUUCACCUAGAUCCGCAUUACUGCCAGGAGAUGGUUGAUGUCUGGCAACCGAAUUUUUCUUUACAGACUUUUCACUGCCGUUCCCCUAGAAAAAUGCCCAUUAAUAAAAUGGAUCCAUCUUGUUGUAUUGGAUUUUAUCUUGCCACAAAUCACGAUUUCGAAACAUUUGUUAAUAUAAUUACAUCAUUUGUGGUCCCCCAGGGAGUAUCUUCUGCCAAUGAGUACCCAAUUUUUACAUUACACAAUGGAUCUCGCAGUUUAGUAAUGAAUCCCCCUAAUGUUAGAUACUCUAUAUAUGAAACAGAACAUCACUGGAUAGCUCCUAGCAUACAGGAUAGUGAUACUGAUAUGGAGUCAGAAGAAUUUGUUUUGCUUUAAAUAUGUUAAACUAUAAUAUUCAAAAACUGCCCAGCUGUGAAAAUGCUUAUAUUUUAUAAUUUUGUUUAAGCUUACUAGAAUAAAGCAUUAGUGCUUUUUGGCCUAACCCUUUUUUAUUAAUGUAUAACUUGACAAAAAACCUGCAUUUCAUUUAGUGGAUUUUGAAUGUAUGUUAUAAUAGAUAAGUUUAGAUAGUAAAUUGUAAUUAUUUAAAUUAUGUUAAAAUUUGACUUUGAGUUCAAGAUACUUAUUAAUUCAAAAUAUUCUUAUUGAUUAGUAGUUAGAAUGUGAAAACAUGAUUUUAAAUAUUAAAUUACUAAGAAAUAAAAUGACAAAUUACCUUUGUA